AUGCAUUCAAUCGCGAGGAUCGUUCUUCUGUGCUGCUUGGCUCUGGCCGCGACAGCUCAGCCGGCCAAAAAUGAGUUCUGGAAGGGCACGAGCAUGGACGCCAUGGUCGAGCAGACCAAGCUCGAGUGCUCGCAGAAAAACGACGAGAUAUCGUGCAUGAAGUUCAAGAUUCUCAAUCUUCUCGAUCAGCUGUUUCGCAAGGACAACUUCAAGGUUUCCGAGAGCGUAGAAGUCACCCGCAACUCGUACUCCGCCGACGAGAUGACGGGUCGCAGCAGCAGCGACAAAUCCUUCCUCGAGACCGUGGUCAGUUACCUUACCUCCCACGACGUGACGUUCAAGCUUCCCUUCACGACCUCCGUCAAGGUCUCGUCGAGGAACAUCGACAGCAACGAGAUCGACUUCAACGUCAAGUUCGCCGACGACGAGGCGGCGGCAGCUUCAGCCGGGGGCCGAGCCGUCGAGGCGCGCAAAUCCAAGCUCAAGAAGGUCAUCAUCCCCAUCCUCGUGUUCGUGCUGCUCAAGGCCAUGACCCUGAUCCCGCUGGCGAUCGGCGUGCUCGGCCUCAAGGCCUGGAACGCGCUCCAGCUGUCCUUCUUCAGCUUCGUCGUGUCCGUGGGCCUGGCCAUCUUCCAGCUCUGCAAGAAGAUCGCCGCCGACAGUCACGCAGCGCCCAUCGCCGCUCACGGACCCUGGGAGUACCAGGCGGCCCAGUACAGAUCGUUCCAAGACGUCCAGCAGCAGCAGCAGCAAGUCGAUGCGGCCCAAGAUUUGGCUUACGCGGCCUACGCCAAAGCUUGA